UCUCGCUGGCGUGACGCACUUCCGGGGCGGUGGAGGCGGCAAGAUGGCGGCUCCCAUGGAGGUGGCCGUGUGUACGGACUCGGCGGCCCAGCUGUGGAGCUGCGUGGUGUGGGAGCUGCAUUCGGGCGCCAAUCUGCUCACGUACCGCGGCGGGCAGGCCGGACCGCGCGGCCUGGCGCUGCUCAAUGGCGAGUACCUGCUGGCGGCGCAGCUGGGCAAGAACUACAUCAGCGCCUGGGAGCUGCAGCGCAAGGACCAGCUCCAACAGAAGAUCAUGUGUCCUGGGCCUGUGACCUGUCUGACCACGUCACCCAAUGGCCUGUACGUCUUGGCGGGGAUCGCAGAGAGCAUCUACCUGUGGGAGGUCUCCACGGGGAACCUUCUGGUCAUUCUGAGCCGCCACUACCAGGACGUGUCGUGCCUGCAGUUCACGGGGGACAGCAGCCACUUCCUGUCGGGGGGCAAAGACUGUCUGGUGCUGGCGUGGAGUCUGUGCAGCGUGCUGCAGGUAGACCCCUCCAGGACCCCGGCCCCCCGGCACGUCUGGUCUCGCCACACCCUCCCCAUCACAGACCUGCACUGUGGCUUUGGGGGGCCCCUGGCCCGGGUGGCCACCUCCUCCCUGGACCAGACCGUGAAGCUGUGGGAGGUCUCGUCGGGCGAGCUGCUGCUGUCUGUGCUCUUUGACGUGGGCAUCAUGGCCGUGACCAUGGACCUGGCCGAGCACCACCUGUUCUGCGGCGGCAGCGACGGCUCCAUCUUCCAGGUCGACCUUUGCACCUGGCCUGGACAGAGAGAGAAGAGCUUCCAGCCCGAGCAGGACAACGGGAAGGUGUUCAGAGGGCACAGGAACCAGGUGACUUGUCUGUCCGUGUCUACUGACGGCAGCGUCCUGCUCUCGGGCUCCCACGAUGAGACCGUGCGCCUCUGGGACAUCCAGAGCAAGCAGUGCAUCAGGACGGUGACCCUCAAAGGCCCCGUGACCAACGCCUCCAUCAUGCUGGCGCCCGUCAGCAUGCUGAGCUCGGACUUCAGGCCGGGCCUGCCCCUGCCGCAUUUCAACAAGCACCUGCUGGGCGCUGAGCACGGGGAUGAGCCGCACCGCGGGGGCUUCACGCUGCGCCUGGGCCUCCACCAGCAGGGCUCGGAGCCCAGCCACCUGGAGCGGGCGGAGCAGCUGCACGCGGUGAUGAGCAGCACGAUGGAGAAGAGCGUCCUCGGCGGCCAGGACCAGCUGCGGAUCCGCGUGGCCGAGCUGGAGGACGAGGUGCACAACCUGCGCAAGGUCAACCGCGACCUCUUCGACUUCUCCACGCGCAUCAUCACGCGGCCGGCCAAGUGAGCGCCCUGCGCCCGGCCCGAGGCCCGCCCCGCGGGCUCGUGUCCUCCAGCUGCUGGGCCGCUGGCCUCUCCGUGGCCUCUCGGUGCUAUUCUUUUUUAACAAAAGAACUAAAGACCCUGUUGUUCGGGCCUCUCUGCCAGGGCCGCCCGGGGCCACGCUCACCGGGCCUCGGGCAGGACCUGCCUCGACGGAACCGGUGGGUCCACUUGUGAACUUGGUGCCCAGAAGGCCCGGUUCUCGGGGUGAGGGGCUGGGCUCUGCCGUGGGGCCAGGCCACACUCGGGCGGCAGCCUCUGAGGUGCAGGCGGAGGCUUCUGGGCGGGGCUGGCUCAGGGACAGCAGCGUGGUCAGGGGCUCCCCAGCCCGGGCCGGGGUCCUCUGGGGGGACCGUGUCCACGCCGCCCCCGACGGUAUUCCUUGUUGGCAUGACGACCCGAGGGAGCCCGGGUGUCCCUCCUGCCCUGGGGACGUGGCCUGCAGCCAGCACCUGGAGCCCAGCCCAGACACGUGGGCCCCAAAGCAAUCCUCGGAACCUUCCGGAAAGCUGUCCCUGACCGACAGCCUAGCUUAAUGAUCCAGAAAAUCCGUGUGAUCUAGCAGGUGCCGUCUGGUUGCGGCUGGAGCCAGUCGUCUGCGCCGAUCUGUGUUCUAGGGCGAUGGGCGCCCUGUCCCCGGGCUCUGUGCCUUGAGGUCCAUCUGCCCCGCAGCUGAGGGGGUGCCCCGUCUGUGCUAGUGGAGGGGUCCUGCUGGCCGCCUGGGGACACCACCAUGACCACGCAGUCCCACACCCGGGGGCCCGAGGGGAGGGGUCACCACGGGCCCUGGGGUUCCUGCCAGCAGUGCGGCAGGAAGGGGCUCAGCAGAGUCUGGCCGGUGCUGCCAUGCGGGGUGGGGUCCUGGGGCACCAGGGUCUACACCCCCUUACCCAGCGUGCAGAGGGUCUGGGAGGCCAGCAGGGCCUCGGGUUUGCCCGGGGCUCCCAGGGACCAAAGGCCCCUCUCCCGUGCCCACCCCUGGACCAGCCCUCGGAGCCCCGGUGCCCGCGGCCAGGCUUUGUUCUGCCUUGUCUGUGGUCUUUCAUUAAAUGUUCUGGAAGGA